AUGCAUCCUUAUCUAGGGCCGUGGGAAUCUUGUAUCAGAGGCAAUAUACACCAACCUGAUGCAUUCUUGACACAGAUCGAGAAAUAUCUCUUCGACGAAAUGCUCAUUAGGCCUGAUGUUGGCGUAGGAGAUGCCACUAGCGGCGCAUUGGAGAUUGAAGCAAAGCUGGGCACUCUUAUCGACAGAAAUACCGAACAACGUGUCCAACUACCUGUCCUCACUCCGGUAGUACUCGAUCGUAAUAUGUCCACUAGACUACGAUUCGAGAGUAUGAUGACCGAGUUCCAGCACAAGCGCUUGAACGAGUAUUUGAACCAAGCAGUUCAGGAGUCCGCAUCGACAGCCGGGCGGCAAAGGCUCGAUUACAAGCACCGAUACGAGGUGGAUUCGUUUGCACAACUCAGUGCAAGCGGAUUCAAUGCCCUGCCCCCAGCGGCCGCGAAUUAUAUUGAUCACACACGACAGCGUAACACGCGGCUCCGCACGACCAUUGAUGAACGGGCGCCGGCUGGCACGAAUCCCGUCAUUGCGCGCAUAGUCAAGAUUCGACUCGCCGAUCUCGACAUCUACGUCCCUGCUUCACCAUUCGACUGCCGUAUCAGCAUUAACAUCGAAGUGGACAUGCUCAACAGACCUGACUUUGAUGCAAGCUGGGUCAUGCAGGGCGGAGAUGUGGACGGCGGCGAGCGCAAGAAAGAUAGACUCAGCUACAAGCACUUGGCGUACAGUGUCGACUUGACUCAGGUCAAGGAUGCGGACGGGAAAAAGAGACACGAGCUUGAGAUUGAGGUCGAUGCCGUCAAGCUGCGUGAACAGGCCGAAAGGCAGUCUACGGGUCAGCCCAACGGAUUCAGCGAUAUGGUUCAGGGGUUGAUCAACAAUGUCUUUACGAUCAUGAAGGUGUUGCCGAAGAACUAG